CGGUCUUGAUUCUCGAACACUCAAGUGACUCAACUCACUGCCUCAAUUUUGCUUGGCCUCCUUGUCGAAGUCUGAACAGAAACGGGCACAGUGCAGCUGGGUUCAAACCAGCACGGUCGGCGGUCUCACCUCUCUGCUGUCUGGCCCGGUCUGGGAACUGGGAUCGAACCUGCAUCUCUGACUGACUGGCUCUGCUGUUGAUUUUUCACAAAAAUAUGACUGAGCAUAAUUUUUCUAACACAUUUGCUGCAAAGCAGCUGGCAAAAUUUGGCUGGAAGAAAGGAAUGGGCCUUGGACGCCAGAAUGAUGGCAUAUCUGAACCAAUACACAUCAGGCGCAGAUCAGAUAAACUUGGCAUUGGACAUGAUGCUGGAGAAAAUUUCUCACACUGGUGGGAUAAUGCAUACAACCAAGCAGUUGGUAACCUCAAAGUAGUAACGUCAAAGAAUGGAAGCGUGGAAGUAAAGAGUUACAAAGGCAGUUGCACAAGUGAAAUGAAGCCAAACCUCUUCAGUAGAUCAUUACUGUAUGACAAUUUCAAUCGGGCAGGAACCUUAAUGGGUACUACCAAUCAUUCGGAUACUUCGGACUCUGAUAGUGAUGAAGACCAAGCUAGUGCCAGCCAAGCUGUUGACAUCUCCACCGGUAAUGGAUUGCUGCUCGACCUGUCAGAUGACCAGCUCUUGAAACUCUGCGGUGGCGCCACGGCUCAUAAAGGAGCCCGUCACGGAAUACGCAUGACCGGCAAGAUGAAGCGGCUUGAGGAAAUGGCGGCCAACGACGCGGCGCUCGUGGCUCAGUGGAAGCUUAAGGAGGAAGGACGGCAGGCUGCCAAGACACCCAUCACAGAGCUGCCUACAAUGCCAACGAAGCUCUGGAAAAAUCGCUCUAGCACCUCCUCGAAAACAGUUAUUGGUUACACCUACGACGAUGAGACGCAAAGUCAAGUAUCUGCAUUUCCAACAUCCAAUCCUGACUCUUCACCUCUGGUUGAUGUUGAUUCCACUAUAAAGAAGAAGAAGAAAUUAAAAGAGAAAAUUAUUCCUGAAUGUGUCCCUGAUGAAGCAAGUGUCAUUGAAAAUGAGAAAUUAAGCCUGGAAAAUAUCCCGAUAUUGUUGCAGAACAAUGAAGAGUUGAGCAGAAAUUUAGUGAAAAAGAAAAGAAAGAGUGAUAGGAGAUCUGAACAGAUCAGUGAAAGUACCCUGAAAAUUGAUACUUACAAAGAGCCUCUAUGCAAUGAAGAAGUCAGACCGAAGAAAAAGCGUAAGUUAUCAAAGAAGACUGGAAGUGUAACUUGUGAAGAAAACUGUAAUGAGCGAGAGAUGAUUUACGAUGAAGACAGGAAGAAAUUGAAAAAGAAAAAGACGAAAGGCAACCCGUUAAGUGCAUGAGUAUGCUGUAAUAGAUAAAUCUUUAAACCUUGCAUUUAAUUUUUCCUCAUUAUUAACUGAUACACUCGACUCAUCAUCAACCGGAAUUGAAGUUCAUUGUACUCGGGAAAACAUUUAUUGUCGUAGAUCGUACUCAGAUGAUCAUUGCCAAUAGUCACGUUGUGAACGAGGUCGAUAUUGAUACAUUCUUACAUAUGAAGAUAUCUAAGUACCUAUACAUAUUCUAUAAAUAUUUGAAGCUGGUCAACACUGGACGUUUACAAUGCUCGGAAAAAUUGAUAUUGAAACAAUCACGUGAAAUUAAUUACACAACUCCAGGCCUGUGCUCGAAGCACAUUUGGUUCAAAUAAAAUAUUUCAUUCCCUAAGGCAAAAAAUUAGACAUUGAAGACUACGAAAA